GGAAGUUGUAUUUUUUUCUGGCUAACUUGAAAGAUUCGACGUAUGUGAAAGUGAAACUAAAAUGAACCUGGAUUUGCAGGGAAAACCACCAUCUGAACUCACUUUAGUCGGUGUGUUAACAGCAGAGAGUAGUUUCUGACACAGAGAGACAGAAAACCAUGACGAACAUUUCUACUAUUUAUAAACUGUCCCUGGUCGCUGUUACCUGCUUCAUCCAAGCCUGCAGCAGCAGCAGCAGCAGCAGCUGCCCGGUGUUGGAGUGCUGGUUUGUGCAGGAGAAGGCCGGGCGAGGAGGAGGUUUAACUGCAGCUACAACCCAGGAGAAAUCCCUGCUUUACAUCAGCACAGACGCCAACAGCCACAGCUCAGAGUCCCAGCGAGCUCCAUCCGACAUCAGCCCUGACAGAGUCUACUUCAUUACAGACCCAGCUGCCACUCUCUGCCACCACUCUCUCAGCCCUCCCAGAGGCUCCAUCCAAAAGCCCCAGUGUGAGAUCAACCCCUUCCUGCCGCAGCCCUCCGACCUCAAAUGGGUUGCUCCCCUCACAGACUCCGCCUUCAGCCCCGUAUACCUACAAGCUGAUUGGUUUUCAGCUGCGCUACAUGGGAUCAACAAAGAGCGGGGCAUUUCGAAUAUCAUGCGUGCUCCCACAGCAACCAAAGAGCACAAUGUGAUCCUGAGUGUGACCAGUAAAACGGUCUCGGUGCAGGCCAGACUCAGGAAGCCGGUGCUGCUGGACUGUGGCUUCUGGGUCGACCCUUCUUCGCCUCUGUCCGGGUUGGGUUUCGCCGUCGAGUGGCGUUACCAGUUCAGAGGCAACGGACGACUUGUUCUGGCUUACGAUGGCAAGACAGACCGCCUGGCUGACACGCAGGAGGAAGGGGCCACGCUGGACAUCGAGGGUUUGCAUGAGAAAGGAAAUGCAUCCCUGAUCCUGCAGGAGGCUAAAGUGCGUCACUCCGGGACGUACAUUUGCACAGUGUAUCUGCCCUACCUCCUGGCUCAGGUGGUGCUGGAGCUUGAGAUUGUAGAACCUCCAUCCCUCUCCAUCCACCCCUCCCCUCUGCCCCUCGCUGUUCCCGGACAGACCCUGACCGUCCAGUGUGAGGCGUCCGGCUUUGCCCCCCUCUCCCUGGAGCUGAGCUGGGAGUUUAAAGGCGCGGACGGGAAGUCCAGGGCCCUGGGAGCCGGCAGCGUAACGGGCCACAGGCAGGCCUGGGAUGGCACCUACAGCCAGAGCUCCCGGCUGGAGCUCGACACCUCUAAAAUGGACCUGGGCAGAGGAGGAGAGCUCACCUGUGUGGCUGUCCACCCUGGAGGCACGAGACGGGCCAGCACCGCCCUCAGUGUCAUCGGGUUCAGUACUCCCUCCAUUGAGGACUCGAUGGCGAUGGUCGGUGUGGCACUAGUGCUCUACGGUCUCAUCAAGUUUGUCUCCUGGACAUUUAUCAGCUCAGGCUCCGAUGAGGCUGAUAAACAGGAUAAGAAAGAGAAGUAAAGAAGAACGAAGUCAUCUGAUGAGGAGGUGUGAUGCUGAGCCACCAAACCUGUCUGUUCUCAUCUCCUACAUGAAGGUUUCAGGACUGUCCUCCUGUUGAUGACAUCACUUACGUCUGUCUUUGUGAUAAAUCUCUGUCAGCAUUUACUUUCAGAGGUUUUUUUUUUUCAGAUUCGGUGGGACGCCUGCUUGAGCUCACACUCAUUCAUUUCUGUUUGAACUGUUGUUUUCACUAUCUUGCUCAGCUAGUAAUAAUAGGCAGGAAUUAGGUUGCAGGGAGAUUUUUCUUCUUCUUCUGUAAAGUGAUGUAUUGACGUAAUGUAUUGGCCUCCCACUGUUUGUAUACUGUGCUUUUACACAAACACUGGAGAAGACCGAGAUUAUGCUCCCUGUGCUCACGAUCCAAAGAUAUCACCACUGAAAGAGCAGAGCUGUGUGUGUGUGUGUGUGUGUGUCAAUCAAUGUUUUACUAAACUUUCCAAACUUGCAAACUGAAUCCUGUUUUUGUAAAUACGUGACCCAUAAUGUAUGUAUAUGUAAAUUUUAUUUGUGCAUUGUGGCGGUUUUGGCAUCAUAUGUUGCUUAAUUUUAUUUUAUUUUUAUUUGUGUGUGUGUGUGUGUGUGUGUGUGUGUUGUGCAGACUAUAGUAGGAAUGAUGCUCUAUCCAUUUGUGAACUGAGGUGACACCCUGGGCUAAAUCAAAAAUAAAACAGAGCACAUAAUUCUACUUCAUAAUUCAAGAGAAAAUUCAAAAUUUAUGUUGAAAUUUUAAAAUAUUUAAAAUUGAUAAUUGAAGUCUCCAUUGUGGACACAAUAAAAAUAGUUCUUAAAUCA